AUGGUGAUUAGUAGUAGUAUUGUGAAGGAAGAGUUGAUAAGCAAAACCAAUUUAAAGUUUAAUGAGAAUAAACACUGUGUAUAUCCGUAUACUAUUACUACUACUACUACUACUACUACUACUACUACAACUACUACUACUACUACUACUACUACUACUACUACUACUACUACUACUACUACUACUACUACUACUACUACUACUACUACUACUACUACUACUACUACUACUACUACUACUACUACUACUACUACUACUACUACUACUACUACUACUACUACUACUACUACUACUACUACUACUACUACUACUACUACUACUACUACUACUACUACUACUACUACUACUACUACUACUACUACUACUACUACUACUACUACUACUACUACUACUACUACUACUACUACUACUACUACUACUACUACUACUACUACUACUACUACUACUACUACUACUACUACUACUACUACUACUACUACUACUACUACUACUACUACUACUACUACUACUACUACUACUACUACUACUACUACUACUACUACUACUACUACUACUACUACUACUACUACUACUACUACUACUACUACUACUACUACUACUACUACUACUACUACUACUACUACUACUACUACUACUACUACUACUACUACUACUACUACUACUACUACUACUACUACUACUACUACUACUACUACUACUACUACUACUACUACUACUACUACUACUACUACUACUACUACUACUACUACUACUACUACUACUACUACUACUACUACUACUACUACUACUACUACUACUACUACUACUACUACUACUACUACUACUACUACUACUACUACUACUACUACUACUGUGGUGUAUACUACUCAUAUUGAUAGAUCUAAAUAG